AUGCAGCAGUUUCAAGUUUUGCAUUUACUUAUCCUGAUUUCGUUAACAACAUUCACAAAAGCACAUAAUUACAUCCAGCCGAGAUGCAAGCGUAGCUGUGGCCAUGCCAGUAUUCGUUUCCCAUUCGGGAUUGGAAUAAACUGUUCUCUGAACGAAUGGUUCAACAUUGAAUGUAACUCACAGAGGGCUUAUCUUCCUGCACUCAACAACGUGGAGGUGUUGCAGGGGUUUGGAUACUUAAAUUUCAUUGUUAAUGUCCCCAUGAUUUCUGAUUGCAAGAACCCACUCCAGAAUAGCAGUCUUAGUCUUGACCUAAGCACAAGUCCUUUCCGUUAUUCCGGAUACAAUAACAUGUUCGUGGUUCAGGGAUGUGGCCAUGCUGACAUCAUCAUGGAGAACGGUAUUAUUGUUACCGGUUGUUCAACAACUUGUCGCAAGGACACUGUAAGUGACAUAAAAAAUUGUUUCGGUGUCGGUUGUUGCAAAAUUACAAUUCCUCAAGAUCUCCGGUCGUUUACCUUGAAUCGAACAGGCUUGGAAAGGCAGGACGAUAGAGAUGGAACCUCGUGCGGAUCUGUCUUCUUGGCGUAUGAUCGAUAUCCAGACAAUAAAUUUGGUCGCCAAUCUAUUGUCCAAGACCACCUUUUUGUUCCUGUGUCCCUUUCUUUGAAAGGAAAUGAUACUUCAGUAGGAUGCAGCAAUAUGUGUGGGAAUGUCUCGAUUCCAUAUCCUUUCGGGAUUGGAAGAAGCUGUUCAGGAAAUGAAUGGUUCAAUAUUGAUUGUAACUCCUCGACACCAUAUUUAUCCGCCCUCAACAAUCUGGAGUUGUUGGAUAUAAAAUUUGAAAGGUUCACUGUUAAUGUCCCUAUGAUUUCGGAUUGCCAAAAUCCAAUCCAGAAUAGUAGUCUUGACCUAAACAAAAGUCCGUUCUAUUUUUCCAAAUACGGUAACUUAUUCGUUGUUGAAGGGUGUGGCAAUGGCGUCAUCAUUAAUGAGAAUGGGGAUAUUAGCGGUGGUUGUUCAACUACUUGUGGCAAUGAGAUUGUUAGUAAAAGAAACAACUGUUUUGGCAUCGGUUGUUGCGAAACUACAAUGACUUAUGAUCUCAAAUCGUUUACCUUGAAUCUAACUGGCUUGGUAGGACAUGCUGGAAAUGUAAGCUGCAGUAGGUCUGCCUUCUUGGUGGAUAAGAAUUCAUACUCGAAAGGAAGAUUUUCCAGUCAAUCUACUGUGGAGGACCAGAGUUUUGUUCCAGUAUCACUGGAAUGGGGCUACAUGGACGAAGGUGGAAACACAAAAGAAGACAAAAAAUGCAUAGAUUGCGAAGCUAGAGGGGGGUAUUGUUACUAUAACGAGGGCUUGGACUCGGAUGUGACGUGUCUUUAUGACAACAAAAUUUCACUGGGUGUUAUUCUAGGUGUUAGUAUAAGCAUAGGGCUGCUAUUGCUAAUAGUGAUGGGCUAUGCAUUGUACAAAAUAAUCAAGAAAACUAAAGCCAAGAGAAGGAAGCAAAGGUUUUUUAAACGUAAUGGUGGUAUUCUUCUUAGACAACAACAAACAACCGAUAUUAGUUUAGUUGAUAAAACCAUUCUUUUCACCUCCAACGAAUUAGAUAAGGCCACCGACAAUUUUAAUGAGAACAGAAUUCUUGGUCGAGGAGGUCAAGGUACAGUAUAUAAAGGCAUGCUAGCUGAUGGACGAAUCGUUGCAAUCAAAAAAUCAAAGGUGGUUGAUGAAGGCCAACUAGAACAGUUCAUCAAUGAGGUGGUCAUUCUUUCUCAAGUAAGUCAUAGAAAUGUCGUCAAACUACUGGGAUGUUGCCUAGAGACCGAGGUGCCAUUACUUGUCUCGGAGUUCAUAUCAAAUGGUACAUUAUAUGACCUUAUUCAUGAUGAAACCGGUGAGUUUUUGAUCUCUUUGAACAUGAGAUUACAAAUCGCCACAGAGGUUGCAGGGGCACUUUCAUACUUACAUUCAUCAACCUCUAUUCCAAUAUACCAUAGGGACAUCAAAAGUACUAACAUACUUUUGGAUGAAAAGUAUAGAGUCAAAGUUUCGGAUUUUGGAACUUCGAGGUUAGUGUCAAUAGAUCAAACACACUUGACUACCUUAGUCAAAGGGACAUUUGGUUACUUGGAUCCAGAGUAUUUCCAGUCGAGCCAGUUCACCGAGAAAAGUGAUGUAUAUAGUUUUGGAGUUGUUUUGUUAGAACUUUUGACUAGGGAAAAACCAAUUUCUUUAACUAGAUUUGGUGAAAAUAGAAGUUUAGCUACACACUUCAUGUUAGCCAUGGAAGAAGGCCGGGAGAUGUCUAUUUUUGAUGCAAGUGUUGUUAAAGAGGGUUCUAGGUAUGAGUUGUUGUCCGUAGCUAACUUGGCAAUGCAAUGCUUGAAUUUUAAUGGGAGAAAUAGGCCAACAAUGAAAGAAGUUGCUUCUGAGUUAGAAGGCAUCAGAUUAUCACAUGUUCCCUCAACAACUGAACCUAAUUUUGGACAUGCGAAGCAUUGUGAGGAAGUAGCACUUACAUACGGCGAGUCAACAUCAACAUCAAUAACAUUUUAUCGCAAUCCUAGUCAAUGA